AUGGGCAGCCUCAAGAUGUCGUGGUCGAAAUCGACCCGUAUCAAGGUUAUGAUUGCCAUCGACACCUUCUUCUUCCUGACAGAGCUCAUAGUCGGCUUUUACGCGCACUCUCUCGCUUUGACGGCUGACGCCUUCCACAUGCUCAACGACAUCAUUUCCUUGAUCAUCGGUCUCUGGGCUGUAGUCGCUUCGCAAAAGGCAACGACCGACGAAUUCACCUUUGGGUGGGUGCGCGCUGAGAUCCUCGGUGCCUUUUUCAACGCCGUCUUCCUCAUCGCGCUCUGCGUCUCGAUCAUCCUUGAGGCUAUCACACGACUGGUCGAACCGCCAGAGAUCAAGGAUCCCUGGCUGAUUCUGAUCGUUGGCUGCGCUGGCCUGUUCUCGAAUCUCGUCGGUUUCGUUGUGCUCGGUGGCCACGGUCAUGCACACGGCCCCGGUGGUCAUGACCACGAUCACGGUCACUCGCACGAUGAGCACGCUGGGCACGAACACGUUCAUGGGCAAAGCCAUGAUGAGGAACAGGGUCUCGAACGACCACUCGAGACUGAGGCUGCGGAUGAAAGAGGUUCUAUCGGAGGGGUUCUCCCGGAGGUGGUUGUCCGUCGCGCCACCAAGGGUCGCCAAUCCACUGCUGAAGCCCGCGACACCCCGAAACGCAUUCGGUUUGGCAACGGCGACUCUUCCAGUAAGGAUGACGGAGUUGACGGUGCCAGCCACAGGACGUCCUUACAUUCAAGGGAUCGUGGCCGUCGCCGGUCGAGCAGGAGUCAUUCGCGCCUGGCCUCGUUCGACGAGAUGAGUAUCCAUCCUCAGAGUUUCCGCCAGGACAUUAUCGCUGCGGUAUCGUCUCCGGCUGCUGGUGACAGCGAAAGCGAGGAGAACGACGAGAUAGCUGAGGAUGCGACCGAAAGCUCGCCCUUGCUUGACAAGAAUGGUAGUUCUCACGGUACACUCAAUGCGCCCUCCCAUUCUCACACGAAGAGAGCUCGCCGCGACUCGAGUGUCCACGCAGGCCACAACCACACCUUGCCGCCGAAAAAGUCAAAGGGUGGCCAUGGCCAUAGCCACGGAGACAUGGGCAUGAAUGCCAUGGUCCUCCACGUCAUCGGUGACGCCCUUGGCAACCUUGGCGUGAUCGUAUCAGCCCUGAUCAUCUGGAAAACAAACUGGCCCGGCAAGGAGUACGCGGAUCCCCUCGUUUCACUGGUCAUCACCGCCAUCAUCCUCAAGACAGCAAUUCCACUCACGAGCGCAACCUCCAAGGUCCUACUCCAAGCAGCCCCGGAGCAUAUCAGUGUGCCAGACAUUCGUCAAGACAUUGAGGCCCUCCCUGGCGUGGUCAGCUGCCACCAUAUCCACGUCUGGCAAUUGUCCGACACCAAGAUCGUGGCCAGUAUGCACAUCCAGGUGACAUUCCCUAUCGACUCGGACUGCGGCGAGAAGUACAUGGAGCUAGCGAAACGUGCGCGCAAGUGCCUCCACGCAUUCGGCAUCCACAGCGCGACCAUCCAGCCAGAGUUCUGCCUUGAUGCUGAGCGCUACCAAGCCAUUGCUGGCAACAGCUUCCAGGGCGUCGCGGAUGCGGCUGGUGGCCCCAAGUCUGAUGCGUGUCUGCUUGAGUGCAUCGACGACUGCGAAGUGCCUGGCUGUUGUAGUGUGCAGGGGCAGUCUUCGCGGGACUCGUCCGUGCGCCGAGGCAGCGGCUCCUCCCAUUCUCACAACGGACAUACUCACUAA